AUGUCGGACCGCGAUGUCAAGUUCAUUAGCCAUUUCUGGAGGGAUCUAUGGAAAAGGUUGAAUACAGAACUCAAGCUGAGUUCUGCGUACCACCCGCAAACUGAUGGACAGACGGAGGUAGUUAACAGGACACUUGUAAAUGUGCUCCGCUGUUUGGUGCAGGAUAAUCCGAAGAGAUGGGAAGACAUGCUUAGUCAAGCCGAGUUCGCUUACAAUUCUAUGUCUAAUAGAUUAACGGGCCAGAGCCCCUUCCAGGUGGUGUACACCAAGUUGCCUAAUCAAAUGGUAGAUCUCGCAAUCCUUCACAAGGUCUGUCCAUCCGCUGCUAGCAAGACCGCAUCGAAAGUCAUAGAAACUCUGAAAACGGUGAAAGCCAACUUACAGCAAUCUGCUUUAAAAUACAAACAAAAUGCUGACAUUCAUAAGCGAUACAAAUCUUUCUCAAAGGGAGAACUUGUCAUGAUAAGGAUGCGCAAGGAACGUUACCCACAAGGAACAUAUUCUAAAUUAAGUCCCCGGAAAUUGGGACCCUUCUCCAUCCUUCACAAAAUCAAUGAUAACGCAUAUGUGAUAGAUCUACCUCCCGAUAUACAUACUUCACCUACAUUCAAUGUCGCUGAUAUAUAUAUAGCUAUCAUUCGCGAGAUAACACACCUAUGGUGGAAAUCUCGUCGGAGUCGAGCUUCUCGGAGCUGGGGGAGAUCUGAUGUGGCUAUCCGCAUCAUUCCUUUGCUUACCCCUAAUAUGGUAAUUAGCACUAGCCAUAGUAGCAUAGUUAUGUACACCUCACUGUGUAACGUAUUCCUCAAAAUUAUUGCCAAGAUUCUUGCUUGUAGGCUCAAGCUAAUUAUGCCUGAGAUCAUCCACCCUAGCCAGGCUGCCUUUGUUGCUAAUAGAGUUUCAUCGGACAACACUAUCCUUGCGGCUGAGGUUCUUGGUUUCAUCACGAAGAAUUGUAAGGAGAAAUUUUUUUGUGCUAAAUUUGACAUUAAGAAGGCCUUUGACACGGUGUCUAGGGAAUUCCUUUUUAAAAGGUUGGAACAAAAAGGGAUUCCUAUGUUAUUUAUUCAGUGGAUCAGAGCUUGUAUUAGUGACAUUAAUUUCUCUAUUUGCAUUGACGGGGGACUUUAUGGAUUUUUUGGCUCCUCCUCUGGUAUUCGGCAAGGCUGCCCUCUAAGUCCAUUUCUUUUCUGUUUCGUAAUGGAUGCCUUAUCUUGCCUUAUUGAAGGGAACAGUUCUCCGAACACAUUCCAGGGUUUUCAAUUCGGUGAAUUUCAGCUUACUCACCUGACUUAUGCUGACGACUUAUUGAUUUUUGGUAAAGCCGAAACUCAGAACUGCAAUAAUCUUAUGAGCAUUCUCCAAACCUUCUCCUCUUGUUCUGGCCUUUUCCUCAAUCUCAAUAAAAGCUCCCUUCUCAUUUCUCCCACUGCAUCUCAUCUAUCUGCCAUCUCCCUUGCCCUUCAAAUUCACAAUUGCUCCACCACCAUUUCCUACUUGGGUCUUCCCAUCUCCCUGGGGAGAACCAAGCUAUCCGACUUCUCUCCACUUACUGAAAAAAUUACUAACCUGCUUUCUGGAUGGAAAGCAAAGCUUCUUUCUUUUGCAGGUAGACUUCAAUUCAUCAAAUACACCAUUACCAAUCUUGUGGCUUAUUGGGUGAGAGGCGCUUUAAUCCCUAAAACUAUUAUUAAAGCUAUUGAUAAAGCCUGCUCCAAGUUCCUUUUUCAGAAGGGAGAUCAGUCUAAACGUCUUCAUCUUAUCUCUUGGAAACAUACUACUAUGCCUCAUGCCAAUGGUGGCAUUGGUAUUGCCUCUCUUCAAGCUCUAAGAUCCGCCUAUAACUGUGUCACUAUUCUCAGGAUGUAUAAUCAGGAUUCUCAGCUUUCCAAUUGGCUUAAAAUUAGAUACAAUUCUCCAUGGAAACCUCCAAAUCGUAAUUGCUCAGCUUUCUGGAAGAAUAUUCAAAUGACUGCCUCUUGGUUCAAGCACAAUUUUAAGUUUAAUGUUUUGGUUAAUAGCCCCAUUGCCAUCUUCUGGGAUCACUGGUGUCCUCACGGCUCUUUUACAGAUUCCUUCCCAGAUUUCCCCCUUUCAUCAGUCAAUGCUGAAUCCCUCAAUCUCGCUACUUGGAUGUGUGAAGACUCCUGGGCUCUUCCUAAUUUCCUCAAUCAAAAUAUUGUGGAGUUCUUUACUUCUAUUCCCAUAUCUGUUAGUAAUACCAAGCACAUUACUUGGGAAAACAAGGAAAAUGCAUCAUUUAAGGAUUUCUAUAGGGAAUUCUUCUGUCAUGAAUAUGUAGUUGAUUGGGCUUCGCUUGUUUGGCACAAGAAACACUCCUUGAGACAUUCGGUUUAUUCCUGGUUGGCCCUCUCUAACGGCCUUAAGACUUCAGAAAAUUUGCACAUUAGGAAGGUUAUUACAGAGGAUUUUUUAUGCCCCUUGUGUCAUCAAACCCCAGAAACCACUGCUCACCUUUUGUUUGAAUGUGACUACUCCUUUACUGUCCUCACGAAGGUUAUCCCAAAGAUGAAUUGUUUUCUAUUCAGACCUAAUAUGGGCCAAGCUCUUCAGUAUAUAGAUGGGUUGGAUGUGAACAGGGACUUGAAGUCCGUUGUUCUGUUGCUUUUCAAUAUUGCUGUUUACGUUAUUUGGACUGAGAGGAAUGAUAGAAUUCAUAAAGCGACCUUUUCUUGUGCGGUCUCUUUAGCAAAAAAAAUUACUAGAAUUGCUUAUGUUAAACUGGACAGCUGGAAAGGAGGAAAGGCUAUCAGGGAGAAACUUUUCAUUUAUUAUAACUAG